CAAUCUCCAGUUCCCGAUCUCUCUCUUCCCCAGAGCAGAGUCAGUGCGCGACCGCGCCAAGGAAACAACGAAAACCCAAAGCUCUCCAAAGCUGGGGUAUCCUUAGCACCCAAGGGAAGACGCGAGAGAGCGAGGUCCUAGCCGGCGGAGGGGAGCGACGCCAAGGAUCCAUGGAUCGGCCCCAGGUGGUCAGCGAGAAUUACGCCAAUCCUAUAACGUGCCUCUUCCAUGUGCUCUUCAAGGCGGCGGCAUUGGCGUUCUACAUCCUGUUCUCCCUCUUCGUGAAGAGCUUCGUCAUCAUCUUCGUCAUCACCGUGCUCCUCGCGGCGCUCGACUUCUGGGUGGUUAAGAAUGUGAGCGGCAGGAUACUCGUCGGGCUGCGGUGGUGGAAUGAGAUUGACGAUGAGGGCAAUAGCGUCUGGAAGUUUGAGUGCCUUGAUGGGGAGUCUCUUGCCCGGAUGAACAAAAAGGACUCGUGGCUGUUCUGGUGGACUAUUUACUUGACCGCUGCUGCAUGGAUCAUUCUUGGAGUAUUUUCACUCAUUAGACUUGAGGCUGAUUACCUUCUAGUCGUUGGAGUUUGUAUGACUCUAAGCAUUGCAAACAUUGUGGGGUUCACCAAAUGCAACAAAGAUGCCAAGAAGAACAUCCGGGCUUUUGUUGAAAACUCUGCUCAAAAUGCCAUCACAUCCCGCAUCACAUCAUCCCUACAAUCAGCAUUUGGUAUCUGAAGUUCUGAUUCCGCAGGGGCCCAAAUGUUACAUACAACAGUGUACAAUCUGUCAGAAAAAUAUCAGCUUGUGAUAUCCUGUUUUCAUAUGAUUUUUUGACUUAUACACCAUAUAGGUCAAUUUUGAUUGGAGUGACACAAUGACCGAAACAACGUACCGAUUAGCCCUAGAUGAACUGCACACUUGUCUCAUGCCCUAAAGAGCAUACUUUCUGCAUUUCUUGUACUCUAGCUUGGACGUUGUGGAAUGCAAAAGUGUCUGUUGUUGAUACUAA